CGGUGUUGCUUCAUCGAAGCUGCUGACUCCGCGUUAGAAGAAAUGCCACCGCACUAAACCCGGAAGUGUCUGAUCAGCCGUGGCUGCUCUUCAUUCAACAAGCCGCUGCGGUUUAAAAUCACGUUACUUCUCUUUUAACAAGAUACCGGACCUUUUGCAGGCACCUGAAGCUUUUGUUUUUAAACAGACUGUGGGAGGACAGGCAUGGCUGGUCGGCUCCCYGCUUGUGUUGUUGACUGUGGAACUGGGUACACAAAGCUUGGCUAUGCUGGAAACACAGAGCCACAGUUCAUCAUACCUUCAUGUAUCGCAAUCAAAGAGUCGGCCAAGGUGGGCGAUCAGGCCCAGCGCAGGAUGAUGAGAGGAGUCGACGAUCUGGACUUUUUCAUUGGAGACGAAGCCAUCGAGAAGCCUUCCUAUGCUACRAAGUGGCCGAUCCGUCACGGGAUAGUGGAGGACUGGGACCUGAUGGAGCGGUUCAUGGAGCAGGUCAUCUUCAAGUAUCUGCGGGCGGAGCCUGAAGACCAUUACUUCCUGUUGACGGAGCCUCCUCUCAACACGCCUGAGAACAGGGAGUACACGGCAGAAAUCAUGUUCGAGUCCUUCAACGUCCCAGGCCUCUACAUCGCUGUUCAGGCUGUCCUGGCGCUGGCUGCCUCCUGGACAUCCAGACAAGUAGGGGAGCGGACACUGACCGGAACCGUGAUMGACAGCGGAGACGGAGUCACGCACGUCAUCCCAGUGGCUGAAGGCUACGUCAUCGGCAGCUGUAUCAAACACAUCCCCAUCGCYGGGCGAGACAUCACCUACUUCAUUCAGCAGCUGCUGAGGGAGCGCGAGGUGGGGAUUCCUCCGGAGCAGUCCCUGGAAACAGCCAAAGCUGUUAAGGAGCGGUUCAGCUACGUCUGCCCUGAUCUUGUAAAGGAAUUCAGUAAGUACGAUAGCGACGGCACAAAGUGGAUCAAACAGUACACGGGUGUGAACGCCAUCUCCAAGAAGGAGUUCACCAUCGACGUUGGGUACGAGCGCUUCCUCGGCCCCGAGAUCUUCUUCCACCCCGAGUUUGCUAACCCUGACUUCACCCAGCCUAUCUCAGAGGUGGUGGAUGAAGUCAUCCAGAACUGCCCCAUUGACGUCAGGCGUCCUCUUUAUAAGAACGUCGUGCUCUCCGGUGGUUCCACCAUGUUCCGGGACUUCGGCAGGCGUCUCCAGAGGGACCUGAAGAGAUCAGUAGAUGCACGGCUGAAAGUCAGCGAGGAGCUGAGCGGCGGCAAGUUAAAGCCAAAGCCCAUCGACGUCCAGGUCAUCACCCAUCACAUGCAGAGGUACGCCGUGUGGUUCGGAGGAUCCAUGCUCGCGUCCACUCCUGAGUUUUACCAAGUGUGCCAUACAAAGAAAGAUUACGAGGAGAUCGGGCCAAGCAUCUGCCGUCACAACCCCGUGUUCGGAGUCAUGUCUUAGAUGGCAGUGUGACACAAUCAGCAAAGGUCCCAGAAACAUCAUUGUGAUUAAAACAAAAAAGGUAAACCGAGGGAAGUGCUGCUGCUGAAUCCCAUGAGCCUUUGCACAGAUGCUCCAACAGACCCAAACACAGCGACAGUGGACCAAACAAACUACCGGAGAGAAAAGUCUUGGCAAAUGAUCCGAAAGACGCCUCGACCCAAAGUAUCCUCGGAUAAAUUGUUUAUUGCAAGUAGGUUAAUAAUAGGUGAUGACUUUUAAUUUCUGUGUGCCUUGUACAUGUAUCCUUACAGGGUUGUAACCAAUCAACAUGAGUCUUGUAUAAAUACACUGUUGUGUAUAUGAGUCGGGUUCUUUGCUUUGUAAUAKUUACUCUUGGAGUUGUUUCAAAAAAAUACGGUUUUCCUCAAAACUAUUCAGUAAAACCUAUUUUUGUCAGACUGGUGAAAAAAAUAUUAAUCUUUUUUAUUUUGCUGUUUCCUUUUUGUAUAAAAAAAUGAAAUAAACCUAAAAGUGCCUAUGACAUCAAAUUUUCACGAUAAAUACAAAUGCAUUUUGGGAGAGACUAUUAUUAAUGUAAUGCUAAACAUAAAUUUGUGCCUCUGAGAUGAACGGCUGGUUUAUCUGCAUUUGGUGCAACAGGAAGUGGCAACAGAGGGGAACACCUGCAUAUAAGCGGAGCAUUGCUACAAUGGUUUACGACACAGGAGAUAGCAAGAAUCUGAUUUUUCUUUAGAUUAUUUUGAGUCACUAUUGGAAAGAGAAUAAAGUUUUAAUAAAGAUCACGGAGUUCCUCUUCAUCGUCACUUCCUGUUUCACUUUGGCAGCACUGUAUUUAACAAACUAUACACCAGUAUUGUGACAAAAGACUAAAAAGAUGUAUAAUAUUCAAAUUCUUUGAACGUUAAGAUGAUCCGCUUUUUGUAUUUGUAGGAAAUGCAUGUCACAGGCACUUUAAAAUGUUUUAAGAUUUGGUGAGAAGGUUGUGAACAAUAAUGAGACAUCAGCUUCAACGUCUUACCCGUUAAAGCUUUUUUACAAUAGAGCAUUAGGGCCAGGCUUAUUUAUACAUUAUGAGAAUAAAGUCAUAUUACAGAAAAAAAAGUCAAAAUAGUAUAAAAAUGAAAUAAUAAAGUCACAUUACCUGAAUUAAUAUGAACUACUUGAGAAGCAAUUUUGCCACUGCUUAAAAUGAGGGAUGUUAAGCUUCUUGUGAAGUUAUAUUUGGGUAUCGGUUUUACAAAUAAGAAAAUACUUGUUACACAUCAGCAUCAAAUUAUUAUUCGUAGCAGGACUUUGAAAUGAUUCUGCAAAUGACCUGUUUUAAAGGCUUUAUUCUCAUAUUACUUUUUUCUUAUGGCUUUCUUGUGGCUUUAUUGAUUUUAUUUCUUUCUUGUAAUAUGACUUAAGUCUUGUAAUCUGGCCGUAAUACUCUGUUAUACUUUUGAAUUACCUCAGUUUGGAAAAAUAGUUUACUUUUGACCAGAUAGACAAACGGUUAAAUCAAGCAUGGCCAAGAACAAAAUGAUGGCUUUGGUCCUAAAACUACCUAGAUUUAGGUAGUUAAUUUAAAUGCAAUACAUUGAAAAAGUCACAUUGUGUGAAUUUUUUAUUAGGUCUUAUUUUUUUGGAAGGGUAAAGAAUGGUUGAAUAAUUGUAACAUUUUUGCAAGAAUAACAGUGUAAAGAUAAAUUAAAGGUGACAUCAAGAUUGCAUCAGAUUAGGCUAACGGUUAGUUAGACCAAAUAUUUGACUCCAAUCAUCACAGUCAUUCAUGCAAAUUUAAUUAGAUAUGACUUAAUUUAGCUUUACACUGUGAGAAACGUAACUGUCCACUGGAAGUGUUACUGUUAGCUGCUACCAUUUUUUUUGCUCCUGUUUAMAAAAAGAAGAUAUGAAUAGAAAACUGAGCAUAGCGUGACCGUUUUAGAUUGUUUGCAUAAAUUUAUUUUUAAGAUUUAAGUUUAAAAACAGAAUUAAUCAAUUUUGGUUUUGGCUACUUGCAUUAGCUUGUCUAUCCAAUCAAGACUUAAUGUUUUUUUCUUCAAACUAAGGUCACUCAAAGCUAAAGUGUUAACAGAGGGUUGGGUUUACUUUUCAGGGCCUUGCUUUUAAAGAUCAAAACUAAUCCUGUAAAUUUUGUAGGAGAAAUUUGAGCUUCGAUUAAGAUAAUCAUUUUUAAACRAUGUUUCUCUAGCUUCAUUUUGGCUGACCUGUUUACUUUUUUUGAACUCUAGAUUUAAUAAGUUGUAUUAAUAUAUGACCAUGCAGUUUGAGUGACUGUUGUUGGACGAUCACUGUGUCUCAGUAAAUAACUUGUACUGAAUUUAAGUCUCAAGUCAGGCAUUCCAAUAAAUGCCCAGGUGGUAUUUCUGCAGUUUGA